CAGCCUCUGCAGUGCCCGCCUCUGCAGUGCCCGCCUCUACAGCCUCUGCAGUGCCCGCCUCUACAGCCUCUGCAGUGCCCGCCUCUACAGGUUGUUCUACGUCUACACAGGUGGUACAAGGCAACCAAACUUGUUUACCCACCUCUUCAAAUCUGCUCACAACAACCCAAGUGCCUGCAGAUAUUGUCUUCCUUCUGGAUGGAUCUACGAGUGUGAAGGCAGACCAGUUCAUUCUCAUGAAGGAAUUUGUAAAGAAUGUGACCCGGAGUCUCCUGCCAUAUGACACCUUAUUUGCCUUUGCACAGUACUCUGACCAGAUGACCAUACAUGUGAACUUCAAUCAGUUCAAUAGAACAGGAUUUGAAAAGCAGGUGGACAGUAUGAUCCAGAGGCAAGGAGGCACAAACCCUGGAUACGGUGUUGGGAAAGUUGUGAAAUAUAUAUUUAAUUCUUUUGCUGGAGCAAGACCUGGUGCCAAAAGGAUCCUCAUUACCAUCAUAGAUGGGGAAAUCCAUAAUACUUCAGAAUAUCCCAGUGUCACAGCAGAGGCUGAUGGGCAAAAGAUUACUAGAUACGCUAUUGUGGUUGGCACUGCAUGGACCAGCCAGAUGGCACGAAACCAGCUCAAUGCCAUUGCAUCCAAACCAGAAUCAGACCAUGUGUUUGAAGUGGACAACUUUGAUGCACUCAACAACAUCAGCAAGGCACUGGAAAAUAAACUCUUGAACAUACAAGAUCUUCAUCCAGGUAUGGAUACUGCAUCAGCAGCAGUGCCCCUUGUGGCAGGGCUUGGUGUUGCACUGCUUUUGCUGUGUGUGAUUGGAGCCACAGUAGCUAUAGUCGUGUGGCGCAGAAGACGUGCAGGUAAAACAGAAACAGAUCAGGAACAAACAGCAUCAGACACUUAAGUCAUCAUCAAGAUGACUUAAGAUACAAAACGACAUCAUUUGUAAGAGACCAGAACAGUGUGUGUGUGUGUGUGUGUGUGUGUGUGUACCUAUGGAUGCACAUACCAUAUGGAUUCCUGGCUCACAUGAACCUUGGUGGGCAUGUAACUCCACUAGACUUUUACUCCAAAUAAAAAUUCCAUGGCUUCCUGGUCUGGUAUCGUCAAAUCAGUUCAAUCUUGCAGCACUGUGCAGAUCUGGCUGAAUCUUCCAAUUAGAGCGCGAUUUAUGCCUGAACCGGCCCGUGUCCGACAGCGUUGCGUCCGAACCAGACAGUGGCAGCGGAAGCUGCUGUCUUACUACUUCUGGCUCUCUCUCGCCCUCUCUCUCGCUCUCACACCCUUGCUCUCCUUGCUUUUGGGUUUGGUCUGUAUUUUACUUUAUGUUUGAUGAAUUGUUUUAUCUGGUGUAUUUGACAUUCUAACUUGUUAACUUGUCAAGUUUAAGUAUGUUAUUUGGUUAAGCUUACUUUGUUCUUUUGUUAUAUAUUUACCUGAGUUUUAUUUUACAUUCAAUUUAAGUGAUAUUGGUCACAUUUACCUUUUAUGAUUUACUGG